CCGGCCCCGCCUCCUCUUACAGUGUGCAGAGUACCGGAAGUUCCGUCGUGAACUGGAACAGCAAGCGUGUUUUACCCGCAGGCUGCUGAUCGCUGUGUGGCCUCCUGAUUACAGCACCCCCUACAGUGUAUGUGUGGCAACAACAUGUCAGUGCCGCUGCUCGCCGAGGCCGUGACGGUGUCCGGGACACAGAAGGAGACCGCGGCGGUGAUCUUCCUUCAUGGAUUAGGAGACACAGGGCACGGGUGGGCCGACUCUCUGACGGGGAUCCGGCUGCCUCACGUCAAGUUUAUCUGCCCUCACGCGCCUAAAAUCCCCGUCACUCUCAACAUGAGGUCCCUGAUGCCUGCGUGGUUCGACCUCAUGGGCCUGAGCCCCGACGCUCCGGAGGACGAAGCCGGAAUCAAAAAGGCUGCAGAAAACAUUAAGGCCAUAAUCGAACACGAGGCCAGAAACGGGAUUCCUCCUCACCGUAUAAUCAUCGGUGGAUUCUCUCAGGGUGGCGCUUUGUCCUUAUACACCGCUCUGACCUGCCAGCACCAGCUGGCCGGCGUGGUGGCCCUCAGCUGCUGGCUCCCUCUUCACAAGAGUUUCCCUUCGGCGUCGAGCGGCAACAAGAACAUCCCAAUCCUGCAGUGCCAUGGAGAGAUGGACAUGAUGGUGCCCGCACAGUUCGGCGCCUUGACGGCAGAGAAGCUCAAAUACAUAGUUAACCCUCAGAUGGUCACCUUUAAAACCUACCCAGGCGUUCAGCACUCCUCCUGUCCUGAGGAAAUGUUGGCUGUAAGGGAAUUUAUUGAGAAGUAUUUGCCCCGGAUUUGACCUCACCUCAUUCCAACUGUGACGCCCUCCGAGACACUGACCUCUGACCCCUGAUCUGCUCUCCUGCAGGAAACAGCCAUGAGAACCCCCACCCCCUCACACACACACACACACACACAUUUAACAGGCAAUUUAAUCCGCAGAGCUGAACAGCGCUCUUCAUACAGUCCAACUUGUCGAGUCUCGGCGUUCGGAGGGAGAAACUGUCGCUGCACAUUCCCCCUUUUUUAAUUUAAAUCCUCCAUCUGUUGCCUCUUCUUUUCCUUUUUUUCACCUCAUCUUGUUUUUUUGUAUCAGCUUGUAUCAGUCAUCGCCUCACUGCCACACUUCCUUUUGAGUUACUGGAAAACCAGCGAUGAGUCUGAGUCGCAUCAUCUGACCUGCUGGGGGCGCUGUCAGACUGGUCGGAUGUUUACAAACAGCUAUUGCUUCUCCAACUUUAGCACAUUAGCUGCAGGUUUUAUAGGAAGUGAAAGGAUGUAGAAUCUGUUUUAACUCUUUUCAGACAUCUUGGUCAGACAUUCUGACAGCCUUUAUAAACAACUAAAGCUGUUUGCAUUAAAAAAAGCAUAUUUUUAUUUGAAGGAUGUAAAAUUGGAUCAAAAUCUGAUGAAAACCAUUUCGGGUAUGAAAUAUGCAGCAAUGUUGGUCACAUUACCACAUCAAAUCUGCAGUAUUCGUUCAUAGAUCCUAAAUUUGUCCAAUUUGAAUACCUGCAACGUUGUGGCAGAGCAACAGUAAGCAGCAAACUUAUGACCCUGACUGUCUCCUUCGAGUUUGAUCAGAAAUAGCAGCUUGGAAAGUAAAACUUAAACUCCUUGUUAAUUUAUUUUGAUUUUAAUAGCAAGAAACGCUGCAGGUUUGUUAAAAGGAUUCUUGGUGGGAUCCCUCUGGGCAUCACAAAUCAGUAAAUGUGAGAUCUUGGCUUCCUUUUGAGAAAUGACAAAAAAUAGUAAUGAAGAAAAUAAUAGAUAAAACAACAUAUUAAUUCUUGUUUUUGGUACCAAACAGAACUCUCUGUUUGACCCACCCAACAGAUUAUUUAGAUUUUUUCAUUCUACUCAUAGAUAACUACAGGAAAAUGUGAUUAACUGACUAAUAAAGACCAUAUACCAGAGGUUUGAGCAGUGGUCACUAUCUGUCCUGUGUAACAACAGUCAGCUGACCCAAAUGGGCGAUACGAUCAAAACAAAACCAAACUUGAGUAAUCUUCUUCUGACCUUUAAUAUCUAUCAUUUUUUAAAAUACUUCUCUACAAAACAAAAGCAUAAGUCAUAGUUUAAAUAGAUUAUUUGGAAGUGGUUUGUUUACAGGUUUGAAAGAAUCAAAAUGUUAAUGUAUUUGUGUGGAUUAAUCUGUUUGCGUAUCAUUUGACCUCUGACCUGUUAGCUUAGCGGCUAGCCAGGCGUGAAUAUUCUCGUCUGCAUUGUUCCCGUUAAUCAUGUCUGAAAAGGCCUUUUAUAACGAAACUCUUCUGUGUCUGACUCGGUUACUGGGAGAGCUGGUUUUCCACCAUUGCAUCCAUUCCACAUUCUGCAGCCUGUCCGGGUCUGUUUAUGGAAACACGCACACACAGAAUCCCAGGAACUGAUGCUGUUCCUAUUUUUAAAUGUGAGAAAAUUAAGUGACUUGUGUAAAACGUAAUCCAAGUGAAAUAAAGCAAAUGAAUGACUGUU